UGAUAGUCGCAGCCGUAGGGCCGGCGCGUCGGCGCUGUGGCCCGAGCCUGGACGCUGAGUUCGGAAAAUGAGGCAGAAGGAGGGGCCAAGCUCGACCUUCCAGGGCCCAGCCGCUGUGUGUCGGACUCGGACCAGCCAUGUGUACGUGUUUGAGAGUGGAGGUGCAGGCUCGGAGGGCUCCUCGGAGGAGGAAGAGCUGGUGGUGGCCAACGGUGGUCAGGCCCUGCGGCCCCGGGGCAAGGAGCACCGGAAGAAGGCUGCCCCCUCCCCGGGGCAGGCAGGCGCGGGGAACAUGGUGCUGAUGCAGCGGCCAGUGGCACAGGAGGACAACCUCUACAAGCUCGCCCUCCAGUACGGAUGCCAAGUGGCCGACCUUAAGAAGGUCAACAGUCUGGUGCGGGAGCAGGACCUGCACGGCCUGCGGUGCGUCAGGAUCCCCGUGCAUAGCUACAGCGUCCUCACCGAGGCCUGCCACGGGCUCAGCCCCGUCCCCAGCCCGGCCUCGGAGACCAGAGUGACCUUUGAGGACCCCCCCGAGCCGGCGGCGGGGGUGCCCGGGACCCCCAGCCCUCUGACGCGCUUCUUCAGGGACAUCGACCAGAGUAUCGAGCGUGCGGCGCAGACCGAGAUGGCCCUGGACCCCGCUGGCCAGCCGCUGCUGCCCGCUCCCGCCCGGGCGCCCACAGACAGCGCCCACGGGGGCAUCCGCUGGUGGAAGGCGGUCCUGCUGCUGCUCCUCGUCGGCAUUGUCCUGCCCCUGUUUUAUUUGGUCUACUUUAAAAUGCAGGCGGCUGGCGAGGCCCCUGGGAGCUGGAACGCCACCUCGGCGGCCCACACGGACUCCCGGGCACAGACUGCAGUGCCCGGCCCGACCCCCAGGCCAGAGCAGUAG